AUGGCCUAUGGCACAACCUCUGCCGAGGAUGCGAGACCUCCCCCGCCCAUAAUCCCCCCUUCGCCGACGUUAUCGAACCCGGAUAUGAUCCUGCCAUUUGACGGGAACGAGCGCGAGUCCUCCACUCCAUCCCCUCCAUUCAACCUGCCGUCCUUGUCCCAUCUACAAUCUUUCUACGGACCUCGAACCUCGUCCACCGAUUUCAGCAACGAUUCCACCAAGAACGGUACCUAUGCGCCCGUCUACCGACCGCAAAAAAUAGGUUUUCCGCGCCACACGUGGCUGCACGAGGGUCACGAGGCUAGUCGCCGCUUAUCGGAUAUCGGAGAGGAGGAAACGCCAUCGCCGGCAUCAUACAUGGGCGGGUUUUCGAAGAAUGCUCACCUCGUGGCGCGUAAUGGGAUGGCAAGCUCUCCCGUGCCAUAUCGCGUCGCGGAGGACACCGAAAAUAAGGAUGCCGGUGCGUGGAGUAGCUCGUCUAGCUCGACAAUUAGUGCCACUAGCGAAACCUCUUCGGAAGGGACCAAGGGGCGUGCACAAGAUCAGGGUGUCUUGCCUCAGGAGGUUGACAGCAUGAAUAAUGAUCAAUUAAGGCAGGCUAUUCGGGCCAUUGAGACUGGCACCAAUGGUGACCCUUCACGACUGAGCGUGGUGUCGACCACGGAGGAAGGGAGCCCGGCCGAUGAGCUGUCGUCGGUGAUAUUGAGUAGCGAGGCGGAAAGGAUUCUCGAAAAUGCAAAGAAGCGACUGACGCUCAUGGAAGGCAACCUGACGCGGGCUCGUUCGUCAGUGCGCGUAUCCCCGUCACUACCGACGUCGCCAACGCCAUCCGGCAGCCAGCCACUCGGACUCGGUCAACCAGUCGGCGGCCUGUACCAAUCGAUCUCCCGGGCUGAUCGUAGGGCGUCCACGUUACGCCCUCGUGCAACGUACUCGUCCUCUCAGGAUUCGUCGAACAAUCGCCAUUCGCGCGUGUAUAGCGAGACCACCCUGCCGUCGUCAUCUUUGUCAAGUCUACAACCCGCCUCGCCCAAUCUGUCACGGUCCAUGAGUGCUUUGGGAUCGAGCACCGCCUCGAACUUCAACAAUGAUGACCGAUCGUUCCAAUAUGCCCCGAACAGAGCAUAUCUCACCCAUCGCGCGUCUAUCAACUCCCUUCAGCCAAUCUUGCAAGAACAAAAGCCCUCUGAUACACCUCAAGGCUUGGGGAUCUCGACAACGGAAGAAGAGGAUCAGCUCUCGACUGUAGACGAGUUCGACUCGAGCUACCAAACCUAUGAUCCUCCCUCUCGCUCCCAGUCGCAGCUUCAGGUCCGAGAUCUUCAAGAUCAGAUGAAGGGGCUGCACAUCAAGAUAUCUAGUUUGAAAGUCAAGGCACAGGAGGAUAAUUUACGACGACGGAGUUUGCAGAGCUUGCGAACUCCAAGUCCAUUCACCGCGGCGGAACAUUGGUAUAACAACCCGCUGGAAACGAGGGAUCAUCACGGCCACUUGAACCCGGGGCGUGGACAUAGCCCGGAGUACCCUCGGGAGCGGCGAUCCAACGACUCUAACCGAGAACGCUAUUCCGCUCGAAAUGGACAGGAGGCAGUCGGUGUCAACGGCACCGCACGGUACGUCACGCCCGCUUCCCGAGCCCACCAGCCGGUGGAGGACGACAACCAGUCCGUUACCGAGAGCCUCUAUGAGGAUGCUCAAGAAUACGAGACGGACGGCUCGUCGGGCUCGGAAAUCGACCGGGAGGCUUUGAAUGAAAUUCUGCGCGAGCCGUUGGAUGACGAUCUCCAAGAUCCCCUCGGAUCCUUUCCCGCGGUGCCUGCGAACCAGGAUUCCCGGCCUCACGAGGAACGCGAAGAUGCCUUCGACUACGAGCAUUUUAUUCUGCACAGUGCCUUGGGCAACUACACGCAGAGCCGAAUGCGCCGGAAAAGUGAAGUUUCGACUUCAUCCGUCGAAACCACGCGACCUACUCAAGAUCGCCAACCUGUCCGUCACUCUCGGACCAAUAGCAACGCGUCGGUCUCUACCAUGGCCACUUUUGCUACCGCCACGGAAGGAGAUCCGGAUGAUUUUGAUAACGUGCUGUACUGGGAUAGGAGGUUCAAUGCUGAAUUGCUUUCCCAUCCUCGAUAUGCCGAAGAGGAUGAGGACGAGAACGGCGAGGAGUCCGAAAACAUGGGCACCCCGCGCGCCAACCGCCAACGAGAUAGCAACGAAGACUGGCAGUCGGAUUCACUCACGACGCCCCAGCGGUCUAGUUCGACGACGACGGGGUCCGCCACCCCGACGGCCCUGGCAUCGACUCUCGUGUCGACGGUGCGGGCGGCCGCUAGCCCUCACCCCAACUCGGAGAACAGCAACAUGGGUCUUAACAACGAUGAUACCCGUCUGCUGGAACACCUGUUCAAAAGUCUCGGCGAUGUCUGCAUGGACCUCCAGACCAUCACGACCUCCGCCGACCCAGAUCCCAAGCAUGUGCGGCUGCUGCGGUGGCGAUUGGAUGCGGCUCGACGGGUGCUGGACGGAGAGCUUGAUACUUAG